AUGUCGCAUUCCCACGUGCCGCCGUUGGCAUCAGCCUCUCCCUUGCGCAACACUUCCGCCGCCGCUUCGCUACGAGCGCCUUCUACAGUAGCCUUGCUCAAUGCGCGCAGAUCUUUUCUCGACACCUCGGCCCUCUCGCCGCAAGAGUACCUCGUCUAUCUCUCUAGCUUUAGCAGCAUCAAGCCCGCUCCCAGCGGUCAGCCAGAUCUCAUCGAUGAGCAGGAUGCCUUGCGCUACCUCCGCCAAGAAUGCGGCAUGUCGAUGGCCGACGAACUCGAGAUACUCCCCCUCUUUGAACGCACCCCACUCGGUCUCGGUUCUGGUCACUUUUUCGCCAUGCUUCGCUUGGUCUCUUGGGCUCAACAAGGAAGGUCCGCUUCCAAAGACCUCAUCUUCACCCAAACAAAGCCCGCUCGCAUCGCACUGCCAAACAAGAUCACCUCCCCUCAAAGUGCCUCCGCAGCCACUUUUGCAGAUGCCCAACAGAUCACUUCGCCUACACCCAGAAGUUUCACAGCCGGCCCGCCUUCGCUGGUCACUCCGCCAUCUCCUCCCAAGAUGGCCCCGCCCAAGCCACAAAACUCCGCCAAACCUCUGUUGACCCCCGUGCGUGAGGAAUCCUCCAUCCACUUUAAUCAACAUCCCGAAUCUUUGCACUUCAAACCACCACCCGCAGUGCCCGCCAAGCCACAGAUGCCCAAGCUUGUGGCGCCCAAGCCAAAGGUCGCCAACCCCAACGUGCCUCUCAAUCUCGAACAGCUGCAGCGCAAGCCCGUCCCCGUACCGCCCUCCUCCAGCGCCAAUCCUUUCCGUGAUGGUUCCACUUCCGCCACUGGCUACGUGAGUGGUUCCGGAUACGCCGUAGCUGUUGGCGCUACCCCCAUCACACCCGCCAACAUCUCGGCACCUUCCGAUGCGCUUCGCGGCUUUGACCCGGCACCCAACCCUUUCAAGCAAAGCAAGCCGCGCCUAGUCAAACCCACACCGGUGCGUGCCUCUUCGCCCGCCUCCAAUCCAUUUCGCAAUGGCACACCUGCCAUGGCAGCUUCCUCUCACUUCCCCAAGGUCGUCUUCGACCCAGCUGACGACGGCGCGUCUUCGCAGGCGAGCAGUUCGCGCUCGCGACACCACCACACCCACCAGCCCGAUCGUCUUGGAGCCGGCUCGCCGCCACUGCCACCGCGUCCCGGCGAUCGCAAUCCACCGCCUUUGCCUCCCAGACAUAUUAGCCCGCUCAUCCAAGCGGGUCUCAAUGCGCGAAGCGAGGUGCGCAAGGCGAAAGAAUCGCUGCCUCCAAAGACAUUCACCGUUUUGCAGUCGUCCUCCGCCAAGCAUGGCGCACCAGCACCUGUCAAACCGCGUCUACUCACUGGACAGACAGCGCCGCCAGAGGUAGCAGCAGUCACAUCGCAUGCCAAGAAGCGCUCUGUUUCGGGCACAAAAUCACUUUUCGGCGGCGGUGGCGGUGGCAGUGGAAGCGCUGUCGGUGUGGAUUCGCGCGCUCUGCAGCGUCGAGAUUCGCAGCAGUCCACCUCGGAUGUCGGACGUAACGAUGGCGAGCCUACCACCGCGCGCCGCACAUCCAGUCAACUGCAGCGCGGCAUCGGCGGCGCCAGCGAGGUAGGUGCGGGGAGCUCGAUGCUUUCGCACGAUGUCUUGCAUCAGCAGCAACGCGCAGUGCCCACCGUAGCGCCCAAGGCCAUCUACGCCAAGAAAGCAGCCUCGGCUAGCGGUGAAGACUCGUCGGCAGUGUCUAAGGUCAAGCCAACCCUGCCGUCGUGGUUGAAGGAGCAGGAACUACUGCAGCGCGAAGCGCUGGCUUCCGGAUCCGAACCGCCUCCUCCGCCGCCCAUUCAACCAACCGAAGGCGGCGUGCGCGGCCGAGCCUCCCGAACCGUCGUAGACGAUCUGACCGACUCGGCGGAAGCCAUGUCGGACGAAGUGGCCGUGGCCAACGCAGCAUCCAUUGACCGCCACAAUCCGUUCUUCCCGCCACACCGUCGAGACGAACGAAGCAACGCACAUGCUGACGCGGAAGCAUUCGACGACAGCCAGGUGAGCAGCAAUCGGCCGCUCGGGCGUUCCAAGACGAUUGGCGCAAGCGUAGGAGCACGUCCCGCGCCACCGCGUCGUCCACGCGUCGGCGCUGCUGAAGCCGAUAGCACACUGGCCGAGGACGGCGGCUCGCAAGUGUCGUCCAAUGCGCAAUGGGGCCACUCUCUGGCGUCCGGUACAUACGCCGGAUUCAAACCGAACAAAGAACCUAAGAACAGCGGCGGUCUACGUCUGGUGCCACCGUCCAAGCAAGCCAAGAUGCUGCACAUGACCACCGCCGAGCAACUCGAGCAGGAAGGCAUUCGACCUCCCACCGACCUGCGCAGGGCGAGCGUGAGCCAAGCGCAGGAAGAGACGCGUUCUACUGGCGGAGGAGGUGUUGCUGCGAGCGAGAAUUCGUCGGCCAACGGACCAAUGAGUCCAACAACGCCGUCAGGCAACUAUCCAUCUCACCAGGUUCAGCCGAGCGGGUUCAUGCGUCGGCAAGGCUCGCUCGGAUCCACGAUCCGCGAAAAGGUAUCCGACAUGCUACGGCUGCAAGACCAGCCACCGAAAGGACAGCGCCAGGUGGACCUGCUGACGCAGGACAUUAGCAACUUUGUCAACAAAAACGAGUGGUUGGCGCGCAAACGCGAUUCGCUAGUUAGGUCGGCAAACGGUCGCGAGCGGGAGCGACUGAUAUCGAGCGAGGAGGAUGAAUCGGAUGGUGAACGCACGAGGAUGGAGCGGGAAAGACAGAGAGAGAUAGAGGAGGAAGCGGAUGAUGCGCAUCCGGAUACUGAUCCGCAUGCAGCAGCGGGGAACGAUUCGAUCGACUCUUCACGCCGACGACGACACCGGGGUGGGGCAAGCGGUGAAGCGCGCGAUCCAUUCUCGUCGCCUCCGCUGCACCACAGCGAGCACAACCCGCACGUGCACGAGCCGCCUCCACAACAUCCGUCCUCGCUCGCUGGCGCGGGCGUUCGUCGUACCGGUUCACUCAACCCGAAACGCUCGAGUUCGUACAACUACCCUACUCAGCCCUCUUCGGCUUGCGCUACAACCAACGCUUCUAGCGCUGCAGCCGAUAAAGCCAGUCGCAGGUGGUCCUCGUUCCACCACCCGCACUCGCUCAGUCAGCACGAUCACUCGCGCUCGUUUCUCGAUGGCAGUCAGCCAAGUCUGGACUUGAGAGGUUCCGCUGUAGACGAAGAGGACGCCGACCAAUACCUGUCCGUCGCACAGCGCGUGCAGCACGCCGAAGCCGUCGCCACCAAUGCUGGCUACGCGCAGCUCUGA